AUGGACUUCAUGUUCACGGCCAAAGAUAAUAGAAGGGCUGAAUCAAGCUUGCUUCCUGAACCACCAGAUAAAGGAGGGAAUGGAAAACAGCAGGGAACUACAAAAAUGAUGGAUACAAAUGUUACCAUGUCCUUUAGAGACAAGGUGCUUGGAUCUCAAGUGGUGAUGGCAAGAAAAAAAACCGAUUUGUUAGCAGCAAAGCUAGCACAUGUGGAACUGGUUCGGGGAAAUCGUCUUAUGCCGAUGCUACAUGUGGAGAAAAAGGUUAUUGAAGAUCUAAGCAUUCCAUGGAAGGAUGCCCUUGUUGUUAAACUACUUGGAAAAAAUCUGGGCUACAACCAUAUGAAGAAGAAAUUGGAAAAUGUUUGGAAUCUAAUCGGAGGUUUCGAACUAAUGGCUGUGAGCAAUUCAUUUUAUAUGGUCAAGUUUAAUUGUGAAGAAGAUAAGAAUAAAGUGAUUAAUGGAGGUCCUUGGAUGAUCUACGAUCAUUAUUUAGCCGUUCGACAUUGGACUGCUACGUUCAACGCAGCAACCGCGACGAUAGAUAAAACCAUGGUGUGGAUAAGGAUUCCUAGUCUGAACCUUGUCUACUACGACGAAAGUAUACUGUGGACUUUGGCUUCCUUAGUUGGCACCCCAAUCAAAGUUGAUAUGCACACGCUGAAUGUGGCGCGGGGGAGAUUUGCGAGAAUGUGUGUCGAAGUCGAUUUAACAAAACCUGUAGUAGGACGCGUCGGGAUUAAUGGUGAAUGGUAUCAAGUCCAGUAUGAAGGUCUACAUAUCAUAUGCACUCAGUGUGGCUGUUAUGGACACAUUCUAAAGGACUGUGCGAUGAGAAAUGAUAAAGCAACCAUAGGAGAGAAGAGUGACAACGGGGCUACAAAAAAGAAUAACAAUGAAGUACAGCGUGAAACGAUGACGGAAGGCGGCGAUAACAACACAACCAUGGAGAAAACUGAAAAUUUGGAAGAUCGGAGAAGGGAGCCUGCAGAAAUCUCAGAAAUAAAUGGCAUUGAAUGUGAUCCGGAAAGUUUGCAUGGGGAGUGGAUCCGAGUUGAACGGAAGAAAAAAAACGGAAAGAAAAUAAAUAAGAACGGAUUUGGUGCAAACUUGAAAGUAGAGAAUGUGCUGAGUCAACUUACUAAAAAUGGUGCUAUUAAUGGGGAGAGAAACAUGCAAAAUCAGUUGCAAAAAACUAUUGAAGCUUUCCAUGAUGGUUUGAGACAAAAAAAUAAGCCCAAGUCAAGAAAGAAGAGGCCUAGAAUGGAUCCUUUAGGUGCAAAAAAAAAUGGGACGAGCUCUAGUAAAGGUCCAGAUGAUAUAAUCAAAGGAAGCAAUGUUACUAAAGGAGGGAACCAACCCAAAGCUUUUCAACAAGAAGAAACAACCAAUUUAAUGAGGGAGGGGAACUUCAACGUGGGGCCAAACAAGGGAAAAGAGCAUGAUCCUUCAAUAACAAUGACUACCCAACAUUAUUAUGAAGGUCAUUUAGAGAAGGAUGGGAAUUCAACUCAACCCAACAAGUCCAACGAUCCUAAUUUAAUAUUAGGCAAAGAUCACAUUCAAAUUGAAGAAAAAUACAAAAAUUUUACCAGUGGAGACAUGAAGAGCAUGGAAUCGACGGAGGAAAAAGUUAUUAUGGGUUUGACCCAUGAUAUUCAAAUGAGCAUGAAUUAA